GGUUUGUUCAAGAGGCCAUCCCUGGUUGUUUUCAUUUUGAAAACACGUUGUUUCGCUUACUCUCUUUUAUAAAAGUUGUUUUAAUUAAAUAAACCAAGUCAAUGGGCCGAAAAUUCCAAAAGAAACAGAAGGUCCAGCAGCUGGAGAUUGUGCCGCUCGAUGAAAACCCUCCGUUGCCCCCUCAGAGGUCCUCCGACGAGGCGGUGCCAAAGAAGGAAAAAUGGGUGAACAAGCAACGCGUUCUGGUCUUCGCCGCCCGCGGCAUCAGCCACCGAGACAGACAUCUUAUGCGGGACAUUAAAACCCUGAUGCCACACCACCGCCCCGAGUCCAAGAUGGAGCGCUCCAAGACCCUGUCGGUGGUCAACGAAAUGUGCGAAAUGAAGCACUGCAACAAGGCCAUGCUUUUCGAGGGCCGGCGUAAGCGGGACCUGUACAUGUGGGUGUCCAAUACAUCGGGAGCCACCGGGCCGUCGGCCAAGUUCCUCAUCGAAAACAUCCACACAAUGGCCGAGCUCAAGAUGACGGGCAAUUGCUUGCGCGGAUCCCGGCCCCUGCUCUCCUUCGACUCCAAGUUUGAUGAGCUGCCGCAUUUGAAGCUGCUCAAGGAGCUGUUCGUACAGACCUACUCGGUGCCUAACCAUCAUCCCAAGAGCCAGCCCUUCGUGGACCAUGUCUUCACCUUCACCUACCUGGACAACCGCAUCUGGUUCCGGAACUUCCAGAUUCUUUCUGAAGACGGUGGCCUGUCCGAGGUGGGACCGCGCUAUGUGAUGAAUCCCGUGAAAAUAUUCGACGGCUCGUUUACGGGCAAGACCAUUUGGGAGAAUCCCGACUAUGUGAGUCCCGCCAAGCAGCGACAGCUCCUAAAGAAGGCAGCCAAGGACAAGUACGUAAACCGAGUGGAGCAGAAGGUAAAGCAAGAGGCCACGCGACCUGUACAGGCCUACGAAGGCAUUGAAAACGAGGAGCUUUUCGAGGACGAUGAUCCCAUUGAGACGGCCAAGAUCCUGGCCGCCAUAGCCAAGAAGAAGAAGCAGGACAAUGCCACAAAAACACCCAAGGCAGCGCUAACCAAGAAGAUCAAGGAGAAGCAACUGAAGGCCGUCAAGGAGGUGAUCGAGCAGAAGAAGGCAAAGGCUGCAAAACGUGUGAAAAAGGUUUAAAAAAAAAUACAUGUAAAAUACAUUUAGAUACAAAAAACGAUUACAAACUUUAUAUAAAUACUUUUAAAAAACGGUGCCUCCUAAGUUUGAAUAUCAAUAUAGACAAGGUUACAAGGUA